AUGGAAUUACAUUAUAUUUUAAAUAAUAUUUCAAAACCAAUUACAUUACCAACACCAACUACAACAACAACAACAACAACAACAACACCAUUAAUACAAAUAAUAAAUAUUUCAGAUAACAAUACAAAUAAUAAUAAUAAUAAUAAUAAUAAUAAUUUUAAUAAUUUUAAUAAUAAUAAUUUUAAUAAUAAUAAUAAUAAUAAUCAUAAUAAUUUCAAUAAAAUUUCAAGAGUUUCAAUUAAAAAUAAUAGUUUAAAUAGUAGUUUUAAUAAUGUAAAUAUGUAUAUUCAAUCCUAUAAUAAUUCAGAUCAAUCAUCACUUAUUGAAGAUACAUCAGAUGAAACCAUUAUAAAUACAAUUGCAAGCUUAAAAACCAAAACACCAUCAUCACCAUCAUCUCCAACAAGUACCUCUCCAAAUUAUUAUUAUUCAACUCAAACAACUCCAGUUCAUUCACCAAUAGUUUCUUCUUCACCAGUUAAAGUUCCAUCCUCAAAUAAUAAUAAUUUUAAUAAUAAUAUUUUUUAUAAUAAUAAUAAUAAUAAUAAUAAUAAUAAUAAUAAUAAUAAUAAUUUUAUUGAUUAUAAUAAUAAUAAUAAUUAUAAUAAUAAUAAUAAUAAUAACAAUAAUAAUAAUAACAAUAAUAAUUUUUCAGAUGAUGAUAGUGAAUAUGAUAGUGAUGAUUGUUCAUCAAGAAGAGAUGAACCAAGUAGCCCAAUGAUGCAAGUUCCAAAUUCACCAAUUUGUAGUGGUAGUGAAUUUAAUAAUAAUAAUAAUAAUAAUAUUAAUAACCAAAUUACAAAUAGUGGUAAAGUGAGUAAAAGAGUUAGUGCUGCCGCUAUUAAUGGUAAGAAACCAAGAAAAUCAUAUGAGGUGUAUAAAAAGUUGGAAAUUCUUGAAGAGAAAAAUAAGUUUGGUAUGAAUCAUGUUGUAAAGAAAUAUCAUAUCUCUCGUAGUAUUAUUUCUCGUUGGAUUUCAAACAUUGAUAAAUAUAGAAGUUUUGGUAAAAAGAAUUUAAAGAAAUUACACAAAGGUCCAAAAGCCUCCUUCUCAAUUGAACAAGAAAAUUUAAUAAUUGAAAAAAUUAAUCAAGCUCGUGCUAAUGGUGAAAUGGUUAGCGGUGAAACCAUUAAAAAGUUUGCUCUCGAUUUAUCAAAACAAUUAAAUAAUAACACUUUCAAGGCUAGUAGUGGUUGGUUGGAAAACUUUAAAAUGAGAAAUGGAAUUAAUUUAACUGGUACUAAAUGUAUUGGCAAUUAA